AUGUCCAAAAAUUCCAGGAGGUGUCUUCAUGGCAUAUCUAAACUACUCACUUAUCGCAAGCCUGGAAUAGUGUAUAAUAGCAUAGAAAAGGCUAAAGAAAUCGACUCUUCAAACGUGUUUUCGCCACCUUACUUCAUAAAAGACAUUCCUCAGUGCUCUGAUACAAUUUUUGAAUCUGUACCUUUGGGACUUUGUAGUAAAGAUAUACCAAAGGUACAUCGCUUUCUAUCGGAAUCCCGCAUUUCUAUCAGCAUACGCAAAGCGAAGUUAUAA